AUGUCAAUUAUUCUUCGUGAAAGAAAGGAUAUUGUCGAUUUAAGACCUGACCGAAUAGAUGAUCCUAAAUAUUAUGGGUAUCAAUGGAAAAUGAUAGCUCAAUUAGAAUUAAAUGAAAAAGGUGAAUUCAUCUUACCAUUUUCAAGACGAGUGGUCGAUGUUAGCCUUCUUCUUUGGUCAAGAGUACCUAGUGGGAUUUCACUGGGCGUCAAUACACAUUGUGGCUGCAUCGAUUGUGAAAAGAAAUCUGAUUCAUAUAACAUGCGCAAGGAUCUGGAUGAGAAUGACGCAAGCAUUGUUAUGUCUGCAUCAUCUACUACAUCUGAUGAAUACAUUUCUAAUAGCGAUGAUGAUGAUCAUAAUGACAUAGUCUCGUCCCGUUCAUAUUCACCAUUCGAUUAUGAUCCAUUUCAAUCGUACGACUAUGAGUGUUAA